CAGACAUCGUUGAAUAGAUAUGACAUUGAAAAUGCACCUGUCCUCACUUUUCGACAGUCCCAACUGUCUGCUGAACCGCAGGAAUCGCCAUCAGUUCUUGGUGACCCUGCUAGUGAACAUCGUAACCUUUUGCCAUGGCCUGGGCGUGGGUUGGAUGUCACCGGUGAUGAGGGAUCUCCCUACCGAUCAAUCGCCCCUCGAUUUUUCCGUCCUGGUAGAGGACGUCUCCUGGAUAGGAUCCUUAGUGGGCAUUGGAAGUAUGCUGGGGAAUAUUCUGGCCGGCACUUUGAUGAAUCGCAUAGGACGCAAGCUGGUCAUGUUUGGUGUGGCAUUUCCCUAUAUGAUGUUUUGGUGCAUGAUAUACUUUGUUCAGAGAGUGGAGUUCCUUUAUGUGGGUCGUCUGUUGGCCGGAAUGACUGGUGGUGCAUCAUAUGUCGUCCUUCCCACAUUUCUCAGCGAGAUUGCUGACGACAACAUUCGAGGUCGUCUUGGCUCCAUGAUUCUGCUCACGGUUAACACUGGAGUACUCACAGGAUACAUAGUCUCCUCCAAUUUUAACUACUUUUCAACACCCCCGUUUAUUAUCAUCCUCCCUUUGUGCUACAUUAUGGGUAAUUUUCUGUUUCCGGAGACGCCUCAUCAUCUUAUACGUAAGGGAAAGUUCUCGGAAGCCGAAAAAUCUUUUAGGUUUUACAAAAACAUCAAAAGGGAUGAUAUCAAGGCGGAAAGCGAGUUCGAGGACUUAAAGAUCCGUUUGAUCAAAGCAGAGAAAGAGAAGGAAAGUUCCUUUGACUACAGGGAUUUUAUUACCAAGCCCGCUUUUAGGGCCUAUACCUCGGCGAUAGUCCUGCUGAUCGCCAAUCAGUUUAGUGCCAGUUUCAGUGUUUCAUCCUAUUUGUCGACCAUCUUCGCUGCGUCUCACACCACCCUGAAUCUUACCAUGUGUACCAUUAUCAUAGGAUCUGUUCAGAUAGUAGGCACCUAUGUGACCACCUUGUUGUGCGACAAGUACGGACGCAGGCUUCUCAUGUUGGUGUCGUCCUUGGGAUCAUCCGUUUGCCUGGCUGCCUUUGGUUGCUUCACGUAUUUCGCCCAGAAUUACGAUCUAUCUGCUGUGGGUUGGCUGCCCCUGGUGAUCCUGUCCUGCUACAUAUGCCUGGUCAACAUUGGCCUGGUGGGUUGUGUCUUCGUGCUCCUCCUGGAACUAUUCCCAGCUAAGAUACGAACCAUUUGUGUUUCCACAUUCACAGUGAUCCUAAGUGGCAUGGUCUUUCUGGCUCUGAAAAUCUUUCCCAUUUCCGUGGCUGAAUGGGGUAUCUCGGCGACCAUGAGUUGCUGCAGUUUCAGUACAAUUCUCUGUUUUUUCUACUUUUAUUUCUUCCUGGAAGAGACCAAAGGGAAGUCACUAUUGGAGGGUUAAUUUGAUUACUCAAUAGAGGGAGUGAGAUAACAAAAGGAGCUACACAGCCAUCUGCCAAGUUGCAGAGGUCAAUAUCAACCCGGUGGCCUGGCAAGUCACCGCGAAUAGAAAACAACAAUUUUGAGUUUCUCCGUCGUGACGU